AUGGAAAAGGUGAGAAAUAUUUUAAGUCUCAACGAUAAUUUAGUUUCUUUGAAGCGCGAGUGCGAAUCAAAUGCGGGUAUUCACAACGAGACGAAAAUCAUAUUCAACAAUUCAAUAAUAUCUCAUGUGACUUCAUUCGCUCAAAGCGAAACAAAAGAUAAAUCGACUAUCAUUCCUUAUCGUCUUGCUUAUGGUUUUACUGAGGAAUCAAGAAGGAAAUAUCGAUUAAUUUCGUUCUUUCCCUUCAUUCAAAAACAAAGCUUAGAAGGCAAGGAAAAUCUGGGCAGGCAUUCUGUUCGCUUACUUUGA